CAAAAAAAGGAAAACUCAAGUGACUCCGAAUAAUAAUAAUAAGGCUGCCUUGUUUAUCCAACGAAGGGGGGUUGGGCAUAGGCUGAAUUCUGCCAAAACUUUUCAAAAUUUCCCUUUUCUCCCCCCUCACUAAACUUUGUAUCCACACUACUGCCUCAAUCUCACCGACCCAAGGUCAGCGUCAGUGACCGCCCACGGGAACUGGCAACGCGGCAACAAACCUCCGUGGACCCCGGCUGGAUUUCUUUUUUUUUUUUCUAACAUGGGACUUUGAGUCACUGGCUGAAUACACGACGGACCACCACAGACUGUAACAGUACGGAUGGAGGAAGCCUCAUAAACAAAGGAGUGAAAUAGCCCGAACAAGUCAACUCGAUGAGCGAUAAACGCAGUGAAACCAUGUUGGGAAACCCAGGGUCUUAUGCGAACAAGAAGAGGAAGAAGCCCGUUCUCAAACAAAAGAAGCAGCCUGAAAGAAAUGAAGUUGUUAAAUCAAACCCUUCGAAGCGCCACCGGGAUCGGCUGAAUGGGGAGUUGGACCGGCUGACGGAGCUCCUGCCGUUCAACGGGGACAUCCGCUCUCGUCUGGACAAACUGUCGGUGCUUCGCCUCAGCGUGGGUUACCUGAGGGCCAAGAGCUACUUCAAAGCGAGCAUAAAGAGCAGCAACAACAACAACUGCAACAACAGUCUGACGUUUCCUGGAGUCAACGGGCAGAAUGGGAACAGCAUGGACGUCUGCAGCUUCUCCGAGGGGGAACUGCUGCUCCAGGCGCUGAACGGGUUUGUGAUCGUGGUCACGUCAGACGGAUCCGUGUUUUAUGUUUCCUCCACAAUUAAGGACUACCUGGGCUUUCAUGAGUCGGAUGUGGUCCAUCAGAGUGUGUAUGAGCUCAUUCACACUGACGACCGGUCCUUGUUCAGACAGCAGCUCCACUUUGCCCUGAACCCCCCCACUGCUGCAGCGGGAGGAGAUGUCAUGAAGACCUCUGGGAGUACGGUGAUGUACAACCCUGAUCAGCUUCCUCCAGAGAACUCGUCCUUCCUGGAGAGGAGCUUCGUGUGUCGCUUCCGCUGCCUGCUGGACAACUCCUCCGGAUUUCUGGCUCUAAAGUUCCAGGGGCGACUGAAGUACCUCCACGGCCAGAGGCUGCUGAGGGACAACGGGAACGGUAACAAACCUCAGCUGGCUCUCUUCUCCAUCGCCAUGCCCGUCCAGCCUCCAACCAUCGUGGAGAUCAGAUCUAAAAUGCUCCUCUUUCAAACCAAACACAAGCUGGACUUCACACCAUUGGGCGUUGAUAGCAGGGGGAAGAUUAUUCUGGGUUAUACAGAGACUGAACUGUGUAUGAAAGGCUCCGGCUACCAAUUCAUCCACGCUGCUGACAUGAUGCACUGCGCCAACAACCACGUCCGCAUGAUUAAAACGGGGGAGACCGGUCUGACUGUCUUCAGGCUCCUCAGUAAGUGCAGUGGCUGGGUGUGGGUGAAAUCCAACGCCAAGCUGAUCUUCAAAAAUGGAAGACCGGAUUUCAUCAUCGCAGACCAGAGAGCUUUAGUCAACGCCGAGGGGGAGGAGUAUCUGCGUCAGAGGAGCAUGCAGCUUCCCUUCAGCUGCACCACAGGAGAGGGCGUCCUCUACAACACCGGCCCAACGGUGGACCUCGCACAGUAUCAGUUCGACAAAAAGUUCAGCAGCACCAGCGACAUGAGCCAGGAUGUGCUCCCCGGAUCGCUGGUGGACUGCUUCCUGAAGCAGGAUGAGACGGCCUACAUGCCAGCAUUGGAAAGCCAGUUUCCUGUGGAUCAGGUGUUCAUGGACAGCGAGGCCCUGAUCAGCGUGGGUAAGGCGUGGCAGGAGAGUGGAGCUACGGGCACAACGGAGCCUGUGGUAGUGAAAGAGGAAGCCAAGCGGUCGGUGAUGGCCGUCAUUGGCAACCUGGAGAAGUUGAGUCACGACGGGGACUUCUGUGCAGCGCUGCAGGACCUGGAGGUGGGUGAUUCAGAGCUGAUGGACUGGGAAAAUGCCCUCAAGAGAUUAGGUCAGGACGAUGAUCAGCGAAACAACGUCAAAUCCGACCUGGACACCAUCCUCACUAAUGACAUUUUUGACUACAUUGAUAAUGUUUUGUUCAAAGAGAAGGAGAAAGAUCUGAGCACCAGCCCGCCCAGCUGCCUGACAGCGGCCAACAACAACCAGCAGAACCGCUUCACUGCCCAGCUGUCAGCCACUGCACUCGGGGAGCAGCAGUUGUUUCAGACCAUGAGCCCUGAACUGAAUUACUCUCCGAUGAAUGGACUCUACGCUCACCAGCAGGAAUCAAUGAAUGGCCCAGGGAUCGCAGAGUCUGCUCAGAUAUUCAGCAGCACCCAGAAACUCUCUCACAACGGUCCCCUGAUCUCUCAGGCCGACACCAACCUGCUCCCUCUUCAGCAGCUGCAGCUCCAGGACAUUUUCAGCCCGUCUAUAGAGCUCCCGGAGCUCACUGUCCCCAACCACAUCGCUGGUGUAGCCUCAGCCCCGUUUCAAUCCUGCGGGCAGGUAUCUAACAACCACAUGGGCGGCACUCGUGGGAUUUCUGCACAGACGCAGUCCAGCCAGUUCCUGCUGCGUCCUCAAAACAAUGUGCAAGCUCCUGCAAUGGCAGCGAACGGACAGUUACUGCAGAGCUUUGUUCAACAACCAAACCACGUGGCCGCAGGUGUAAUAGACAUUUUGCCACCCCUGAUUCCUUGCAUUAACUUUAUUUCCGCUAACACGCCUAAUAUACCUGUUCCCUUUGCCACAAAUCCCCUGCAAGGAAGGGGCCCUUUUGAGACGCACAGCCCCCAGGUGCAGCCGUGGCCUCAGAGCCAGCAGAAGCUUCCUGACUCUGGCAUCAUGCAGAACGGACACAAACUGAUGCCAGUGUGCAACAGCCAACUUAAGGAAAGCCAAACAUUCCCGCGUGCCGGCCUCUGGCCACGGAGCGUCCCCGGACUGAACCACGCUCAGCAGAACGGGCUGACGUGCGGUCAGGCAGCCACUCACAUUAGCUGCAUGUUCGAACAGCACUUUUCUUCCGGGCCAGCAGGAAGCGACGUCCGGGCUUUCCCUGGCACUUCAGGCCUGAGGGGGGCCGACCCGUCCCUGGAUCAGAGUCCUCCUCAAGGGUCCUGCUACUUCCAGUGGAGCCACAGCGAGCCGGUGGUGGGAUCGUCCGCCAUCAACCAGGAGAACGCUGACAUCAGUCCUCUGACGGCCCCCCCCAUCAUGCCCUCCUCAGACCACACACUCAACAUUCCUCACUACCUGGAAUGCCACAGACACACACAGGAUGAGAGAGUCUCCGCUGAACUCAAUGGGAUGUUUGCCACUCCUUCCCGUGACGUAGCCAUGUACCUGACAGAGUGAAGUCAGCCAUCGUGUUACUUCUGUAGCGAAAGAAAACCCCGGAGAGGGACAAAUCUCAGUAUAUAGUUCGCCUGUAUCAGUGCUUAUCCACAGACUCUCAUGCUUACCCAUAUUGCCAUAUGUUUUAUAUAACUUUGUAUCAUUUAUAUGUUGUCCAGUCUGUGAUGUUUAAAUGUUUGGCUUUCAGUUUUUAGUGAAGAUACACUAUAGUAAUAAUGAAGUAUAAAGCCGAUGUGCGUUUACCGGGAUGGAGCUUGAGCCAGCUGGUCAAGAAAAUCCAAAGAGCCAAAGAAAUAGGUUUUUAUAAGGGAAGCCAGGCCAGGGACAUCCAUUAUCUCCCAAGUAUAAAUACCUACAAAACACAAAAAAACUGAACAUACUGUCUUUGUAGUAAUCAGUGUACAGAAUCGCUGAAAGUGACCUACCUGAAAGCACAGCUGUACCUUCAAAUGAAUAUGAUUACAGAUGAAAUAAUCUGUGUAUUUUAAAUGAAACCCUUAAAUGUGGUUAUUGUAAAUGUAUAAUACAAUCUGUAACUAUAUUAGUAGUAUUUGUUUCACCAAGAGAUCCGCUUUGGCUCACAACAAUCUCUCAUAUACAUACUCGGCAUGUGAUAUCUGUGAUAAUCUGUGCAGUAUAAAUGUGCUUUUCUGGAUAACGCCUGUCAGUUAGGGAUGCAUACAUAUCUCAAAUCCCAAAAUGUAAGAGCAACAGUAAACACAGCAGAAAAAAGCAGAGAAAUCAAGAACAAUUGCUAACUACUGUGAGCAAUGCAAAUAUUCUCAUGUGUUGUUUUAUUUCCAUUUCAGUGACAUAUUUUAAUAAGCAUAGCUGCAGUUGAGUUGAUUUGAAUGCACUGCUGCUAACUAAACCUAUACUUGUGGGUUAUUUUAAGAAGCAUCUUACUCACAGCAAUUGGACUAAAAGUAAACUGCAAGUCCUGAGCUUCAAUAAAUCAGUCCAUCAACACCACAUUCCCCCUAACUUUUAUGCACUGAUCUCAACAAAAUGCUCAGUGAUUGCAAGAAAGAAAUAUUGUAGUUUCAGGUAAUAUAUGACUUUAACUUGUGGAGACUCAGCCUGACUUAUUCAUUUACAUCCCUCAGAGGUGUGCACUUUAUUUAAUGUAUUUUCUAAACUUCUACAAGUGCAAACGGCUGAUAAACACAAUGCAAUCAACUGACUUGAUGCAGUAUUGAGGAUCGCCUGAAUUAAACAAGUCAUUGAUGGACGCCUUUAAAUAGAUCAGCCCAUUCCACCUGCAUCCCUCACACAAAAAUACUCUUUUCCAUUCUCCAAUAUUCCGUGGUCCUACAUGGGAACACCCUAAAAUAUAUCUUGCUUCAACCCAAACAUUAAUUUAUAUAGCAAUCAGCAUGACCAUAUACACUUUCUUGUGCCUUCAUGCCGGAUCGGCAGCUUAAAAUAUCUUCAUAUACAUUAAAUAUAUCUGUGCCUUGUUGUAUAAAGCAUCUUAAAUAAUAUGUUCCGUUUUGUUUUCCUAAGGCGAACCUGUAGAGCUGCACUAAUUUAAGGGAAGCCAUGUCCAUAUAGGAGAUACAGUAUCCUUACUGUAAAUGAAAUGAUUGAUCCUGCAUUGUGCAUUUCAAGGCUCUGAGGAAUUUGUUGGUCCAUUUUCCAUUAAACAAAAACAUCCUAUACAAUGGAAAGAAGGGAACAUACUUAGCUUGACCUAUCUCUAUAGAGAUGGUAAGAUUUCUUUCACUGAUGAGCGGAGGAUUUAGUGUUGAGACUUUGAGAUUCAAACUGGUCCAACAAUGCGUUCAGAUCAUAUACACUUUUGCUUUGUCUGUUUCCUGUUUGGCCUCUUCGUGUUGGCUCCAUUUGUAUCUGCUUCUCACCAGGUGUUUGUAAUAUCCACACUACAAUAAACGGCAUGAAUGGUUUGGAUUAACCUGAGCGCAAACAGCAUUAACAUGGCAGCUUUACCGUAUUCCUGCUGCACCGUGGGAACUCACUCAGUAUUUGACCUUUCCUUAAGAAACAAUUGUGUAUGUUCUUUUGGAAACCUUUCAGUACAGCGCUUAAAAAUGAUUGGACACAUUAUAAUAUGGCCUUCUCGCCUGUGUCCCUUUUUGCUUCUCAUUUUGUACGUGUUGAAAAAGUAUAGGAUCUCAGUGUGAAGCAGACUGGAGGCGAUAAGGACAGCCUUGGAUAUUGGACUUUGAUACAGACAUGUCAUGACUGUAGCCACUAUGAAAAACCUGGAGCCAAAUGUUUUCUUCACAGCGGUGUUGAUGUUUCUAUGCUAACAUGUGCCUUGCCAUAUUUCUGUUAUUCGUAAAAAAAAAAGUAAAGAAAAAAAACCAUUCUAUUCAGUUCAUGUAAUCCACGUAAACCUAGUAGUUAUAGUAUCUAUAUAUCAUAAUAUAUGUUAUACAAAAACAGCCUUUGUCUACUGUUAAAUGCUUUUUCAUAAAUAUAUGUGUGCAAUGAU